AUGUCUGCCGACGAUGAAAUACCUUCAGACCCAGGACGCGUGCCAGAUCAUCUCUCGCUUCCUUUCGCACCUGAUGACGACGGCCUUAAUCUUGGGGAAUCCAGCUUGCCACAGGCAUCAGAGGCUCAAUACGAUGGCGAACGCCUUCAGCCUAGUAAACAGCAAUUGGAGGCCGCGACGAUAAACGCCCGUGCGUACUGGUGCCGUGUUGUUGAGAAGGCCUUGUCACACCACAGAAAUGGGCUCUUACCUCAACAAGUCGACCCUUCCAAUAUACUGGGUAAAGUCCCUGCCAUACCCAAUCAGCCUGGAAGUAGCCGGAUGCUUUUUGUCGGCGAUUCUCCUGGCAAAAGCGCGCUUUUUAUCGAAGCACACUCCACCUAUCGUGUUGCAGAGGACGAAGGCUGCACUGCCAGUGACAGGAUCAAGUCAAUUCCAGCUUUACUACAGCUAGGAGUUCAAUCUCCGACACCAGUCAAUUGGAAUGGAACAAGCUUCCGCCACUGGGUCGGAAUCGAAGGCGAAAGUAGGACGAGGAAUUAUAUUUCAAUUUUGGCUCUGGGCUGGUCUUACAUCCUCUCUGUUCGCUUGCUUGAAAUGCAAGGUCAAGAAGGUGCAGAAAUAACGUACACGCAGUCAACGGCUAUUGGAUACAAGCGUAAGACUGGGGAUAGAAUUGCUGCCACUAUGACUGUUGACAUCGGUCGUAUUGAGGAGGAUGCCGCCCGUUGGUGGGCUGCCAUCUUGGCUCCCGGUCAAGGUUGGCAGGCGAUUGUUUCUCGGAGUGAUCACAUGGUGUACCUGUCGCCAUGGUCUGUAUGUGUGCAAGAUGAUCAGCGCUUUGGGAUUGAGUGGUCGGCAGCUGGGUCGUCCUCGCAGGGUUCCAUCGUUUCGACACCCGUAUCUUCCAACAAGGCCCUCGGAAUCUUGACCGGAUUCUGUAUGUUACAUGACCUGGGCAGUCAGUGCUUCGCGGCUCUCGCAACGACUCUGACUUUUCCAACGCAUAAUCACUAUGGGACCAUAGCCACACUACCGUUUCCUACCAGCGUGAGACGCCAAGCCGAAAAUGUCCCAGCGAAUCUCACCACUCAUGAUUUGGCCAAAUUGAGCGAAGAGCUUCCUCGUUAUAUGGCUUUGAGCUGUAAUUAUAGUGUCAUAAUGUCAAGUCUUUGCGGGGCGUUCUGGCAGCCCGAAAUUCCAUGUAACCUCGUCAGCCCUUGGUUACACCCUAUUAUCAACGAACUCCCCAUCAUGGAGGAAGUUAUAGAGUUCGAGGGCCACUAUCACGAAAUUCUUGCCGUGGUGUGCGCCAUCCGCCGCCCCAAACUCUCUACUCUUUGGCUGGGAGCUGUCAUCAGUGGCCUAGCCCCGAAAAUUCUUGAUCUCGUCAAAACUGGUGCACCGCCCCUCGAUCGCAACGCUUUCGCUUGGACGGGUUGUCCUCAAUCUUUCAUGGACCUUGCAGGCUCUGGGGCUUAUUCCCAGACUGAUGCUUGCGGCGAGAGAAUUCGAAGAGCAGAUGUCUGGCGUCUUCUCUACCUCCCAACUGUCGUCGAUGACGAUCUGCAUUAUGAGAAUCACCCUUUUGCCCCGUGGGAGCCCUUCGGGAAGGCCAGUAUGGAAAAUUCAGCCGCUCGGAUCAGGAUUCAUCGGUUCUGUUCUAGACACCAUCUGGAGUACCAACACUGGACAUGGCGACUAGAAAACGGGUCGACCUUGGUCGAUCAAGGUUUGGAGAUGUCGCCCGCCCAAACAUUGUCCCAAAAAGUCAGUCCACGGUUCGAGAUGACACAGAACGUAAAAUUUCCCGCUGCAGAAGUCUCGCUAGAUCAAGAAGCGUCCCGGACGGCAUCAUGGGAAGUCUUUCAAUGGGUGACUAGUAAUGGCGAAGGCGUGCCCCCCAACGAGCCGAUAUACAAGGACGAAUGGGUGCGUGACGAGAGCGACGGUGAAGUACCAAGCAGACAACAUGACACCACGGAGAGUAUUAUCGGACGGCCCAACUCAAGCACAGUCUCGUGUGUUACAAUCGAUGGCGAUGAGGCGGUUUCACCAAAGACGGCGCUAUGA